AAGGGAGCCCAGGCAGGAAAAGGCAGCCUCCAACUGCCCGGCCCACCGAUCAUUUUUAUUAUCGAGAUUAUUAUUAAAAGGGGGCGGGCCCCAGGAUGCGGGGAAAGAGGCUAGAGACGCAGCUAUUUUUAUUAAACAGAUUAUUCCUGAAAUAAUACGCGCAAGAUGGCUGAAGGUGGCUGUGAUGAGUGUUUGGGUUGGGGGGUGGUUUCUUCCUUUUUUUUUUUUUUUUUUUUUCCUCUCCUCUGUUUUUGAUCUGUGGAUAAAGCUCUGAAACGACGGCCUCUGCGGAGCCCCUGCCCGGAGUGCCCUCCCUUCGCUUGGAGAAGCUGCAGGCGGACACACGGACUCCCGGACGGAACGACGGGUGCGGGGCCCGCCCCGGACGCGUCUCCUGGGCAGCAGCCGGAGGGGCCGCGGGCGCUCGCCUUUCAGCCGACUUCUUCCAAUUCUAAUCUUUUUAUUUUUUUGGAAAGGACUAGGGUGGGUGGAGCAGAGGUGGGGAGAAAUCAGGACUUGGCAUUUUCUCCCCCCUCUUCUAAUUUGCUGGAGGCCGCCAGCCCUCUCCUUUGAGGGGGGGGGAAAAAUCCCACCCAAAAAAAAAAAAAAAAAAAGCAGCUCCAGGACCCUCGAGUGCGCGCGCCCGGACCCCCCGGCCGCGGCCGCCGGGAGCCCAAGAUGGCUGGGCUGUGAAGAGGCGGCUCGGCCCAGCCCCGCCGCCGCAGGCAGGCUCCGACCGCAGCCCGGAGCCUCCCAGGCCGGAGCAGAGGCCGAGAAGAAAAGAAAGUGGGGGGGAGGGGGCGGAGGGGGAGGGCCGGCGGGGGGAGGGGAGGCCGGGAGCCGAGCCUCCCGUUCAUUAGCAGUUGAGAAAAAUUCCUUUCUAGUUUGAUCAAUCCUUGUUUUCCUCGGCAGAGCCGCGGCGCCCGCCCAGCGCGGGGACGGAGAGUGGGGUCUGGCCGCGGCUCGGGGCGGCCCGGCUCGCCGCGGGUCCUCCGGGGAGCGCAGAAGUAGCAACGCGGGGGUCAGGCCGGAGCACCUACGGGGCUUCUCCUUCCCUCCCUCCCUCCCUUUCUGGUUGCUUUUUUUUUUUUUUUUCCACUUCUCUCCCUCCCCCUUCCGUUUCUAUUUGUGAAGGGAGGAGGAAGGCAGAGGCGGGCUGGUGUCUCUGGCCGGGGACUGGAAUUUCAUCUGAAUGACUGCCCCAGCGCGCACGCAGCGCCCCGGAGUCGGCCCGCCCGCGCCCCGCAGCCCGCACCCGGCCGGCCAGUGGGGGUCCGCCCGCGCCCCAGCCCGAAGACCACCGGCUCGCCCGCUCCGCCCCGUCCGCCUGUAGCAGCUCUCGGCGGCGGCCGCCACUCGCUUCCCGGGCCCCUCGGACCUCGGCCCUGGGCCAGGCGAGGGAGGCGCGGCGUCACCGAGUCAGGCGGGAGCCACGAUCGCCGCGGCCGGCCGUCGUUAGAGGAAGUGUGCGGCUCCCGGGCGCCGUCCGCCUCAGGGCGCGCCCCUAUGUCCGCCGCGGGGCCGAGCGCCGGCUGUGGGCCGCAGCUGCCAUAGCCGCACCGACGGGGGAAGCGGCCUCUUAUAUGGAAUUUGGAGCCCAGCGCUCCCCUCCAGGGCCGGUGCCCCAGCCACGGCCCUGGCGCAGUCCGCCGCCUCCCGCUAAGCGCUCGGGAGGAGGAGGAGACGCCGGCGGCGGCGCGCGCGGCGCGGGGACCGAGGCUCCUUCCUCCGGGGGGCGGGCACGCGGAAGACGCUGGUGAUUGAGCGACUGUCGGGGCCGCCGGGAGCCGGAGCUCCGGGCUCCGGGAGCCCACAGCUGCACCGGACGGACCCUCAGGGUUGGGGAGUUGGGGAGGCCUGCCCAGGCCCCCUGGCCGCAGCCGCCAUGGCGGAGAAUUGGAAGAACUGCUUCGAGGAGGAGCUCAUCUGCCCCAUCUGCCUGCACGUCUUCGUGGAGCCCGUGCAGCUGCCGUGCAAACACAACUUUUGCCGGGGCUGCAUUGGCGAGGCGUGGGCCAAGGACAGCGGCCUGGUGCGCUGCCCCGAGUGCAACCAGGCCUACAACCAGAAGCCGGGGCUGGAGAAGAACCUCAAGCUCACCAACAUCGUGGAGAAGUUCAACGCCCUGCACGUGGAGAAGCCGCCGGCGGCGCUGCACUGCGUGUUCUGCCGCCGCGGCCCCCCGCUGCCCGCGCAGAAGGUCUGCCUGCGCUGCGAGGCGCCCUGCUGCCAGUCCCACGUGCAGACGCACCUGCAGCAGCCCUCCACCGCCCGCGGGCACCUCCUGGUGGAGGCGGACGACGUGCGGGCCUGGAGCUGCCCGCAGCACAACGCCUACCGCCUCUACCACUGCGAGGCCGAGCAGGUGGCCGUGUGCCAGUACUGCUGCUACUACAGCGGUGCGCAUCAGGGACACUCGGUGUGCGACGUGGAGAUCCGGAGGAAUGAGAUCCGGAAGAUGCUGAUGAAGCAACAGGACCGGCUGGAGGAGCGCGAGCAGGACAUCGAGGACCAGCUGUACAAGCUCGAGUCAGACAAGCGCCUGGUGGAGGAGAAGGUGAGCCAGCUGAAGGAGGAGGUGCGGCUGCAGUAUGAGAAGCUGCACCAGCUCUUGGACGAGGACCUGCGGCAAACAGUGGAGGUCCUGGACAAGGCCCAGGCCAAGUUCUGCAGUGAGAACGCGGCGCAGGCGCUGCACCUUGGGGAGCGAAUGCAAGAGGCCAAGAAGCUGCUCGGCUCUCUGCAGCUGCUUUUCGAUAAGACAGAGGAUGUCAGCUUCAUGAAGAAUACCAAGUCUGUGAAAAUCCUAAUGGACAGGACCCAGACCUGCACCGGCAGCAGCCUUUCUCCCCCUAAGAUCGGCCACUUGAACUCCAAGCUCUUCCUGAAUGAAGUGGCCAAGAAGGAGAAGCAGCUUCGGAAGAUGCUAGAAGGCCCUUUCAACACGCCGGUGCCCUUCCUGCAGAGCGUCCCCCUGUACCCUUGCGGCAUGAGUGGCUCUGGGGCAGAAAAGCGCAAGCACUCGACGGCCUUCCCGGAGGCCACGUUCCUCGAGACGACCUCGGGUCCUGUGGGCAGCCAGUACGGGGCACCCGGCCCUGCCAGCGGCGAGGGCCAGUCUGGGCAGCCCCUGGGGCCCUGCAGCUCCACGCAGCACUUGGUGGCCCUGCCAGGUGGCACCCAGUCAGUGCACUCGAGUCCUGUGUUCCCCCCCUCGCAGUACCCCAAUGGCUCUGCGGCUCAGCAGCCCAUGCUCCCUCAGUAUGGCGGCCGCAAGAUUCUCGUCUGCUCCGUGGACAACUGUUACUGUUCUUCCGUGGCCAACCAUGGUGGCCACCAGCCCUAUCCUCGCUCUGGCCACUUUUCCUGGACAGUGCCCUCGCAGGAGUACUCACACCCGCUUCCGCCUGCACCCUCCGUCCCCCAGUCCCUUCCUGGCUUGGCAGUCAGAGACUGGCUUGAUGCCUCCCAGCAACCUGGCCACCAGGAUUUCUACAGGGUGUAUGGGCAGCCAUCCACCAAACACUACGUGACAAGCUAACGCCACGCGGGCGGCAGGGGCCGGGGAUCCCCCCCAGCCCCGGCGGCACCCACAGACCUGCCCUUCUCCCCUCCUCUCUUGCCCCCUUCCUCACUCCAUUCUCCCAAGUCUUUUUCCUUUCAGAUUUUGUUUUGUUUGGGGUUUUUUCUUUUUCUUUUUUUUUUUUUUUUUUAAAUCUCUGGAUAUGGGAGUGACAGUCAGAGCUGGCCUGGACAGGGGCUGCAGGUGGCCCUUGAGUUGGGAAAAUGUCUGUCUAAAGGCACAGAGCUCUUUAUUUUUUUUUCCCCUCCCUCCCCUCCACAUCUUGGAAGGAGCCUCAGUUUCCCCUGGAGCCUUCCUCCCUGGCCCCUGGAGGCAGGUCCAGUGCCUCUUAUUUUUGUCUCGGGCAGUUUGAUCACUGAUUGAGUGAGGAAUGACCUAUAGAUUGUGGGAUUUUGUUUUUGUUCUUAAUUUUUUGUUUUAAACCAAGGAUGAUUUCUCCUCCUUUUUCACCAUCUUCCCAGAUGGGAUUCAAAGGCCACUUCUCAAGCAGCUUUUGGCACCUUCAGCCUCAAAGUGGAACCGUUCAAACACCAGAGCCCCUGUGUCCAGGAAAGGGGAAAAGGAACUUUGCCAAUGAUAGUGACCACAGCAAAAGCAAAUAAUAAUAUUAAUAAUAAUUAAGAGAAAUAAAAGAAAUAAUAAAGUAAAAAAAACAAAACAAUAGCACAGCCCUUGUUGAGGUCGGUGGAGGAGGGGCUGACCCCAAGUUGGAUCCUCAUCUGGAUUUUGACACCGCAACUUCUGUAGUGAGCACUUUGUAUGAAUUGUGGACUUCCUGUUCUCAAGGCGCAGGUAUUUAUUCUGUAAUCUGUCUAGAGCACACACCGAAAUCCAACCUAAUAAACACGAUGGCGCAGCCCCGCUCCCUGCCUCACCUCUUACCCCCACACUUGGGCCUGGGGUCCUUGGGCAUUGAAAGGGCCUUCUAAAGAUAAAGACUCCUGCCCUCUUUGCCUUGAUUCCGCCCUCCCAAGUCUGGACUAAUCCAGGCCUGUGAAUGUCAGUUCCUCGAGCACUUGCUGACUGUAUCUACUCUUGACCUUGGGUUCAUUUGACAAAUAUUUAUUGAAAGCCUCCCAGGCUCAGCCCUGUGCUACACAGGCCCCUGAUAUCUCUUUGAGGUUCUGCCAAUGUGCUUUUAGCUAGGACAGAUGAAGGAGAAACACCUGUGAGUCCUCUAAAGUUUACCUAUUUUCCAGUGACAAAUAUUGAGUACAUACUGUGGCCAGGCACUGCCGAACUGCACUUUAAGCCUUCAGAACUUAAUGCAGCUGGGCCUCCCCCCAACCAA